AUGGUCAUUAAGUCUGAAUCAGCACCUACUAAGACAAAACUACAGGCCAUCUGGCCAGUACUAGAUUCUUUGUCAGGAUUAGAAGAUGGAAUCAACCCAACACCUAGUCCAUUAGGAAACACAGGACUAAAUCCAACACCUAGUCCAACAGGAAGAAAACAUCUAUCACCAACACCUAGCCCAACAGGAAACAUAGGACCAGACCUAACACCUAGUCCAUCAACAACAAUUGAAUUAGUACCCACGCCUAGUCCAUCAGGAGACAAAGGACCAAAUCCAACACCUAGUCCAUCAGGAAACUUAGCAUUAACACCAACACCAUCGCCAUUAACACCAAUAGUAUCCAACGGUGCUCCAACGUCUAGUCCUACUACAGAAUCAAGAUCAACAAAACCCACACUGAAGAUGACUGUACACGAAUGCAGCAAAUCUAAAGUGACACUUGAAGUAGAAAGAGCUGCUGAAGGAGGAAUCAUUUAUAUUCAAGGUCAAGGGUCAGCAUGUCUUCAGACGACAACUUCUACUUCCCGCCAUUACGAAUUCCAUUUUGACAUAUGCAAUAUUACAUAUGGUACAGUAUUCCGUGUGAUUGUCCAGAAAUAUCCUACAAUCCAGACCGGAUAUGACAAAGUUAUUCCGGUCACGUGUUUAGUCGAUCUAGCAGAAAUAGCAGUAAUUGAAGAGGUUCUCCCAAAGAAGGACGAUGACAUUGGUGUUAAUAUUACUACGAAACCUGUCGCAAAUCUACGAGUUUAUACCAGCAUUAAAAAUGACAUUAGCGGAGGCGGUGUAGUCAAUCUCAACGACUCAAUUGCAAUGACAAUUACACUGGCAGAUGACUUUACGGACACGUAUGAUAUAAAAGCAAUAGAGUGCACUGCCGCUAUGGUUAAUAUAAUAGAAAACGGGUGA